UUCUCAACAAAUAAUCCACCUGUAACCACAAACCAGCCUUUUCUGCUCUGCCGUUUAAUCUCGUCUAAAAUGUUUAGCCUUCGGUAGUGAAGAAGUGAUCUGCAGUGAAGUGAGGUUGUUCUGCUUAAGAAGUCCUGUCAACUCUUCCAGGGGUGGCUGCCUGUGAAAGGGCGCUGGGUGAGGCGACUCCGGACCCCCAUGUCAGAGUUCUAGGAUGGCCAGUGACGGCUCCAGCAUCCCCAGCCCUGUGGUGCGUCAGAUUGACAAGCAGUUCCUGAUCUGUAGCAUCUGCCUGGAUCGCUACGACAACCCCAAAGUGCUCCCUUGCCUGCAUACCUUCUGCGAGAGGUGCCUUCAGAACUACAUUCCGGCCCACAGCCUGACCUUGUCGUGCCCCGUGUGCCGUCAGACGUCCAUCCUGCCGGAGAAGGGCGUGUCCGCACUGCAGAACAACUUCUUCAUCACCAACCUGAUGGACGUGCUGCAGAGGUCUCCUGAGAGCAGCAGCGAUGACCCAGCCGUGCUGGAGACGGGCGGGGCUGUGCCCACCGGGCAGCCCCUGUCCUGCCCCAACCACGGAGGCAAUGUGAUGGAGUUCUACUGCCCCCCGUGUGAGACGGCCAUGUGUGAGGAGUGCACAGUGGGGGAGCACGCAGAACACCCCACCGUCCCACUCAAAGACGUGGUGGAACAGCACAAAGCCUCCCUCCAGGACCAGCUCGACGCUGUCAAAAACAGGCUGCCAGAGAUCGACUCGGCUCUGCAGGUCCUGUCGGAGAUCCUGCAGCAGCUGACCAAUCAGAAGUCAUCCAUCGAGGAGGACAUCCACGCCGCUUUCGACGAGCUGCAGAAGACGCUCAACGUGCGCAAGAGCGUGCUGCUGAUGGAGCUGGAGGUCAACUACGGUCUCAAACAGAAGGUGCUCCAGGCGCAGUUGGACACUCUGCUGAAUGGGCAGGACAGCAUUAACAGCAGCUGCGACUUCACGGAGCAGGCGCUGAGUCACGGCACCGAGGCCGAGGUCCUGCUGGUGCGCAAGCAGAUGAGCGAGAGGCUGGGCGAGCUGGCCAAUCAGGACUACCCGCUGCAGCCCGAGGAGAACGACCAGCUGGACUUCCUCAUCGAGACCGAGGGCCUGAAGAAGUCCAUCCACAACCUGGGCACCAUCGUCACCACCAACGCCAUCGCCUACGAGACGGUGGCCAGCGGGGAGGGCCUGAGGCAGUGCGUGGUUGGCCUGCCCACCUCCGUCACCAUCACCACCAAGGACAAGGACGGCGGGCUGUGCAAGACGGGCAACGCCUGCCUGACGGCCGAGAUCUGCACCCCCGACGGGAGCGUGGCGGACGGCGAGAUCCUGGACAACAAGAACGGCACCUACGAGUACCUCUACACCGUGCACAAGGAGGGCAACUUCAACCUGGCCCUGCGCCUCUACGACCAUCACAUCAAGGGCAGCCCCUUCAAGCUCAAGGUGUGCAAGUCCGCCGACGUCUCGCCCACCUCCGAGAGCGCCAAGAAGAGGCUGAAGUCGCCGGGCAGUGGCCACGUGAAGCAGAAGGCCAUCAAGCGGCCGGCCAGCAUGUACAGCACGGGGAAGAGGAAAGAGAACCCCAUCGAGGACGACCUCAUCUUUAGAAUCGGAACAAAGGGAAGGAAUAAGGGAGAAUUCACCAAUCUCCAAGGUGUGGCCGCAUCUUCUGUGGGAAAGAUUUUGAUAGCAGACAGUAACAAUCAAUGUGUUCAGAUCUUUGCCAAUGACGGACAGUUUAAGAACCGGUUCGGGGUUCGAGGCCGGUCUCCGGGGCAACUGCAGCGGCCCACGGGAGUGGCUGUUCACCCCAAUGGUGACAUCAUCAUCGCUGACUACGACAACAAAUGGGUCAGCAUAUUCGCCAGUGAUGGGAAAUUCAAGUCCAAGAUCGGCUCGGGUAAGCUGAUGGGGCCGAAGGGUGUGUCGGUGGACCGGAACGGGCACAUCAUCGUGGUGGACAACAAGUCCUGCUGCGUCUUCAUCUUCCAGCCCAACGGCAAGCUGGUCACCAAGUUCGGGAGCCGUGGAAACGGGGACAAGCAGUUUGCAGGCCCUCACUUUGCAGCUGUAAACAGCAACAAUGAAAUCAUUGUUACAGACUUCCACAACCACUCUGUGAAGGUCUUUAACUCGGAAGGAGAGUUCCUGCUGAAAUUUGGGUCCAAUGGCGAGGGGAACGGACAGUUUAAUGCUCCCACUGGGGUGGCAGUCGAUGCCAACGGCAAUAUCAUUGUGGCAGAUUGGGGGAACAGCAGGAUACAGGUGUUUGAUGGCAGUGGGUCCUUCCUGUCCUACAUCAACACCUCAGCGGACCCCCUGUAUGGGCCCCAGGGCCUGGCUCUCACUGCAGACGGCCACGUCGUGGUGGCCGAUUCAGGGAACCACUGCUUCAAAGUGUACCGCUACCUGCAGUGACCACACCCCACCGUCCUCCCCCAUCCUUCCUGGAGCCAUGUGUCAGUCACUGUGCACUCACCUAUCCAGACUGCCUUCCUCGUGCCAUGCAGGGUCAUGUGGUGUCCCUGGCCCCUCCCUCCUGAACUUCAUCACUGUGACCUCGCACCUGACCCGCCCACUUCCCAACGAGGCCCUGCCUCCUCCUCACACUCCUCGUCUUUAAUAGGACACUCUCAUCUUGUGCGAUUGGGUGAACGACACAGCAGAUUAGAUCUGCUUGCAUUUGGUAGUGUUCCCCACCACAAAAGCUUCAGAAAACCUGUAGGCUCACGCAGUACAGUAGUUUUCUUUUAUUUCAUAAUUCCUCUGAAGAGGAUAAUGCCCAAAUAUGCAAUCAUUAUUAUUAUUAUAAAUCCCUAUAUUUAUUGCCAUGACACUUUCAAGUAAAAUGUAUGUGAAAGUGAAAUGUAAUAUCUUACAGUCUUACAGGGGCUCAGAAGGGUGGUGUUGAUUCUGCUUGUACUAUAGGGAAAAUAGGUUUGGUAGCUUUUCAGUUUUAAGAGGUCAAAAUGUGAAGAUGCCACUAGGUACAGGAUAUCCUCUGUCACCAUUUUGUUUGCAAAACUGGAGUGAACUGGACACGUUGUCACCGCCAGUGUUGUCAGUGAAGCUUUACUUAGAGUUCUUGUGAUGAACGCGCCAUGUGAAAUUGUUCUUCCGUCGCCAGCUGAAUAUUCAACACAGGGCCCCAGAUUGUCAGAGUCAUUUUCAAGCAUGAACUCAGAAUGUUACCACCUGUGUCCUUUCUGUUUGUGCGCUUGAGGUGCUGUUGUUUUUCUGUGGGAAGGCUUACACGUCACUCUGGUGGUGAGGACAGAAGAACAUGCAUGCUAUGCGAGUGUCCUGUGUGUGGAGAAGACCUGCUUAUAUGUACGGUGUAUCUACUGAUUGCUGAAGCACACAGUUUCCUAUCUUUUUGCAGCGAUCAUCGUUGUUACCAAUUAUCUCUAACCCUGAGUUAAUGAAGGAUAUCAAGCAAGGACAAAAUAUUUGUUAAAUUUUAUUGCGUGGUAAUAAGAGAUGAUGGCAAUCAGACCUCUCCUGUGAUAUGUAGCUUUUUAAAUCUGCAUAUGCUGGAAGUCUAAUGGGGAACAGUUUCACUUUAUGCUUGUCGAGGAGUUAUAUGUGGAUGUAUGUUUUAUCUGAUUUCCAUAUGUACUCUAAGUAUACCAGAGGUGCAGUUGUACUUCUUGUAUAGUACACUUGAAUCGUUGACUGAUUAUUUAAUUAACAAGAAGUGGAAGAAAUUUCACCAAAGCAACCAUCCCUGCCUGUGUUUCGUGACAUCCUUAGCACUUGACUCUGUCAUUCAAAACUGCUUCAAGAUGAAAUGCACUGCCUAUCCACAGCAUGGUACAGCAGAAUAAUGACAUGAAAGUUCUUGAUGAUAGCCUAUUAUGGACAAUUCAUAUAAAGGAAUCACGACCAUGCUGUUCACUGACCUUAAAAAAAAGAAACCAAAACAUACCAAUACAUUCUACAAUGUGCUAUGUGUAUAUGUGGUUAUAUGAAAGUUUGAAGGGACUGAUUGCUUUUCAUAGAAAAUAACAUGCAGUGCUCCUUACAAAUUAGUUACUGUACAUUGGGAUCGCAAGUAGUAAUUAUUAUUAUUUUCUGAAAGCAUUUUAUUUUUUAUUUUGUGUACAUGUGUAAGGCCAAAUCAAAAAAGUGCCCAUAGAUGUUUGACUUGAUUUUUAUCAUGCAGUUUUCAUGUGUUCAUUUCAGUUGUAGUUACAUGCCAUUGUGGGAAUAUUCUGUACAGAGACUGAAACUUUGUGUCUUGUAAUAUUGUCUGUGCUCUAAUUGUUUUCCCUGAAAUGUCUACAGAAGAAGCUAGUUUCAUUGUGUGUGAAGGGUUGCAAUUGUUUUAAAUGUUAAGCACUAAGUUCUGUCUGUAAGAAACGUAGCCUUAAUUGCUUAAUAUGAUUUUAUGUUAUAUGUUCCACAAAAGGAAUGUUUUUCUUACUGACACAAAUAGCACUAUGUUGUCAACCUGCAGUUGUUCCUCCUCAUGUGAAGUGCACAUAUGUUUUCCUAACCUUUAAUAAGCUUCCCUGUGUGUGAGCACACAUUCUCCACAUUUGAGCAUUCCAUUAUUGACAUUAAUUUAAUCAUGUCUAUUUGCAUUGCAGAAAUAAACUACUGACUUCUUUUAAAAGCA